AUGGGUAACCAAUAUGUGAAGCCUCACCGUGAGGGCAAUUCGCCCUACACGCGCUCCGGGGUGCCGCCACCCAAACUUGGGCUGCCCGACAAGCCGGUGCACAGGGGCGGCAACCCGAUGUCGCUGGAGAUGCACAUGGCCGACGAGAGGGUGCGCGCGCGUGGGCUGACGCCCGCCGAGCGUGAAUGGCGCCACAAAUGGGUUGUUGACCAAAAUCUUCACGCCGAUGAGCCGAUCGCCGUCGACGCUGUCCACCGUCAGUUGAACCCGAUUCGGAGGCUUUACAGGUGGCCACUGGACAAGCUGUAUCUACACUUCCUCAAGCCCACCUUCGGCGUCUACUACGGUACUGCCAUCCGCGUCGUCGCCCCCAAGUUCAUCUUCGCGUUCCUCGGCUUCCAGGCAAUCUACUACUACUGGAAGUACGAGGCGCGUGAUUGGGCCCACCUUCGAGGCGUCGAACACUCGCCCGAGAAGCCAGUGCUGCUGCGCGGGGCCGAGAUCGAGAAGAAGUACCCCGGACUUCAGUCCAAGGCGCUCUCCGACCCGUCGAAGUACGACUACCUCUCCCCCUCCUACGAGAAGCGCACGGCCCUCCUCGACGUCGGCACGACGCCACGCCCAUGG